AUGACACAAAAAGGUAUUUUACUUGGCUAUGGAAAUCCUUUGCUGGAUAUUUCAGUUCAAGCCGAUAAAGAGUAUUUGAAGAAAUAUGACCUACAAGCCAAUAAUGCCAUACUGGCAGAUGAAAAGCACAGGCCAAUGUACAAAGAAAUGGCAGAAACUUUUAAAGAUGUAGAAUAUGUCCCAGGAGGAGCCACUUUAAAUGCCAUCAGAGUUGCUCAGUGGCUGCUUGGGGAACCUGGUGCAACAACAUUCUUUGGCUGCAUUGCACAUGAUAAAUUUGGUGACAUCUUGACCAAUGCAGCUUUGGCCGCUGGUGUGAAUGUUAAGUUCCAGUAUACGGACAAAGAGCCGACUGGAACAUGUGCUGUAGUCUGCACAAACAAGGACAGGUCAUUAGUGGCCAAUUUGGCAGCUGCUAAUUGCUUUACUGAAGACCACCUUGACAACCCUGAUAACUGGGCUGCUGUUGAAUCUGCUCAGUUCAUAUACUUUGCCGGUUUCCCAUUAACUGUGUGUCCAUCUGCAAUGCUGAGGAUGGCUAAGCACGCUGCCGAGAAAAAUAAAGUUGUUAUCAUGAACAUGUCGGCACCGUUCCUGUGCAGCUUCUUCAAAGAACCUAUGCUCCAGAUGCUACCCUAUGUUGACUACUGGUUUGGAAAUGAAUCUGUAAGUUCCUGCAGUAAUAUGACUUCUCUGAAAACCACUGAUGUGAAAGAAGUUGCCGUAAAGAUUGCAUCCUGGGAGAAAGUAAACAAACUGAGACCAAGAACCGUAGUCAUCACUCAAGGUUGUCAGCCAUCUAUAGUUGUCACAGAUGGCAAGGUAACCGAGUAUCCUGUGAUUCCAGUUAAUGAAGAAGAUAUUGUUGAUUCCAAUGGAGCAGGAGAUGCCUUUGUUGGAGGCUUCCUUGCUCAGUUGGUACAAGGACGCUCUCUGGAGGAAAGUAUCCACUGUGCCAACUACGUGGCCAACAUCAUCAUGAAACGAACAGGAUGCACUUUACCAGAGAAACCUGACUACAAGCCUUUGAAUGGCAGUUAA